AUGGAUGGAGCCUGCGCAAACACUGCUCGCUUCCGUUUACAAACGGCGGAUUUGUCAAGUGAUGUGAAUAACCGGGGAGGGGGAGUGAGCAGAGAAAACUGCCCGGAAAACAAAAUCAUUACAACGGAGUACCCGUGUUUGAAAUCUACUGGGGAAGUUGCGACCUGCAUCAGGAAAAAAUGCUGUCCAGGUUAUAAAUUUGUUCUUGGCCAAUGUAUCCCAGAAGAUUAUGACGUCUGCUCAGGAGCUCCAUGUGAACAACAGUGUACUGAUAAUUUUGGCAGAGUUCUGUGUACAUGUUACCUGGGAUAUUACUUUGAUCGCGUGAAACACAGGAACAGAGAGAAGCCAUAUUGUAUUGAUAUUGAUGAAUGUUUCAAAAGCAAUGGAACUGUGUGUUCCCAAAUUUGCCUCAACACACCAGGGAGUUACAAAUGUGCAUGCAAGGAAGGUUUCCAUCUCAAAGAGGAUGGGAAGACAUGCAGCAAAAGUGAAAGUGCAGGCCAGUAUAUAAAAUCUGACACUGUGAUGAAAGCUGGUACCUGCUCUACAACCUGUGAAGAUAUCCAACAGAUAAAACAAGCAGUGCUACAGCUAAAACAGAAGGUCACUUCACUGCCCAACAACAUUGCUGAUAUUAGUAAGCAAAGAUCAAACAGUGACAAGUUAUUUGCAUCGAACAGUUACAAUUAUGGACUGAAUGGACCACCAGGGCCCACAGGCCUGCCAGGUCCUAAAGGAAGCCCUGGUCCAAAAGGACAAGCAGGAUCCCCAGGGCCACCAGGACCCAGAGGAAUGAUGGGACCAAUUGGCCCUUCACCUGACAUAUCUCACAUUAAACAGGGAAAAAGAGGAGCAGUGGGUCCGCCAGGAGCUUCUGGAAGAGAUGGAGCCAAGGGUGAGAGAGGUGCUCCAGGACCAAGAGGAUCACCUGGUCCGCCAGGCUCCUUUGACUUUUUGCUUCUGAUGUUGGCAGACAUUAGAAAUGACAUUGCAGAGCUCCAGCUGAAAGUUUUUAGCCGUGGAAAUCGGGUCACUGGGGAAGAGCACCAGAGCCAUGAAAUUCCUGAUUGGGGAUCUGGAGAAGACUACAGACAUUAAGAUCCAUCACAGAAACCUGCAUAGCGAACAUCAACAUGGAAGUGAAAUGUCUUUCAAAACUGCACUGCAACUUUUUUUAUUGGGACUAGCUUAAAGAGCUUGAACCAGCGAGGAUGUAAUAAAUUUUGCACUGCUGUUGUACAAUUUUAUUCCAUUUUACGUAUCAAAAAACUUUUAUCAAAUGUAACAAUUAAAAUAAGUAUUAGAGUGUUCAGAUAAAUCAAUAAUGUACCAGUUCAGAAUGGCAAAUUUUGAACAAAUGACUUUUCACAGGGAGGUUGCAUUUGCUGGGGAUCGCAUCUAUGGGAAAUGAAUUGUGCACAUUCCUCUGUAACAUGAGCGAUUAGCAUCUUGGUUCUGUAACAAACAGAACCCAAAUGCAUAAUGUAACAGACAUACAGGUUGAAGGAAAUACUUUUGGUUUUACUCAAGUCAUACACACAUAAGAAUUAUUUCAUUUUUAAACCUUACAUUUCAGAUUACAAGAAAUUACAAGAUAGGUUGACAUGAAAGAUAUAGUUCUGUCUAUAUAUUUAAUUUUCCUACAAUGGUAAUCUGACUGUCUUUCAAUCCAAUAAUCUCAUGCCUCUUAAGUGAGUUCAAUUUCUUGAACUCAUUUUCUUUUCAUUCCCAAAUCAUGGACAUCGCUGACUAAGACAUCAUUUAUUGCCCUUCCCUUAUUUCCCUUGAGAAGGUGGUAGUGAACUGCCUUCUUGAGGCAUUGUAUUCCAUGUGGCAUAGUUCUACCCACAAUGCUUUUAGGGAGAGUUCAAAUAAAUAAACCCAGUAACACUGAAGGAAUGUUGACAUGUCUCUAAAUCUGAAUGAUUUACUGAUUGGUAACAUCGAAAAUAGGAGCAGGAGUAGACCAUUUGAUUUUUUGAGCCUGCUCCACCAUUCAAUAUCAUCAUAACUGAUCAUUCAAUUCAAUAUCCUGCUCACUCCCUGUAUGUUGGAAGUAUCUUGCAGGUGGUGAUGCCAUUAAGGGCCACCAACAUCAGUUGAUUACCAUCACUUGAGUAAAGAAAUAGUUUUUGAUGUCUGUUUUAAACAUGAUCUUCACAACUUUAAACCUGCAUCUUCUGGUCUUGCUGCCGUAAUGUACCCUGUCCUGCUACCUAAGUGUAGCAAAAAUAUUACUCAACUUCUGUUUUCUAUUUGUAUGUAUUUCUGCGUAUUUCUUCAAUUUCUACAUUACCUACAAUAAUUUUCAAGGCUAAAGAGCUAGUUAUUGAAGAGCUAAAAUUUGUUCUUCUGUCAUAGAGAAACAGCUUUAUUUCUUUAUACCACUUUUAAGAUCUGGAAACCCUUCUUGUGUCUUCAAAAUCAGAACCAUGUGCAGUAUCUCAGCUGCAGCCUGACCGGAGUAUUGAACAAUUUCAGCAUUACCUCUGAAGUCUGAAGUGGCAAAUAUCCAGCAUCUGGUGGCUUUGUUAUAUAAUACUCUUCGAUAUUGCUGAAGUGGAAAGUCAAUCAAUUAUCAGACAAUUUUACUCCAACAUUAAAACAUUGUAUGUAUUUGUAUUGAACCUUAUUUCCUAUUAAUCAGCCCAAACCCAUCGGGGUCACUUUGUAAACAUUUAGCAGUCUUCUCUGAAUGUCUAAUUUAAUGUAAUUUGCGAAAUGAACUGUGUUACAUUAAGAUGGAAAGUCCAGACUAUUCAUGCAAAUCAGAAACAGGACAGGUACUAGUACAUUAGCGGUGGCACAAUGUUAAAUUCUUUCUGCCAUCUUGAUCAAGUCUCCCUUACUACAACUACAGUCCACUUCCUUUAGUCAUUUAUAGGUCAAUCAACUUAGCAUUGGGAGCCAAUAAUAUUAGUUUUUAAUGAGAUCUCUCAUAAAGGACCUCAUCCAAGGUUUUUAGGAUGUGUGCAUACAAUAUACUGCAUGAACUCCCUUUGUUAUGGGAUAGAUUGUCCUCUGAGGCAUCUGUAAAAUUAAUUUGGCCGGGUCUCACCUAUAUCCUUAGCAACCGUAUUUCAAUUUUUUCAAACAUUCCAUUUAUGAUUAUUAAUUUUAUUAGUUGUGGUCAAUUUAAUGUGUCUGUAGUUAACAGAUAUGAUUGUUGCAUAUGGAAAUUAUUUCUGUCCCAUUCCAGUCUGUUUGAAUCAUCUAUAGUUAUUGACUUCCUGAACAUGACCAACAGCACACCACAGCUCUCCACGCUAUUUUAAGCUGCUGAUGAUUAGUCCAGAAAAUGUGAAUUCAGUUCCCUUCAUGACAGCUUAAUGAUCUGAAUACAGUUUCAAAGUUCUGCAAAUUCAAAACUGAUAUAAGUUAAACUAUUAUUAGAAAUCAAUUGCCUAUGGCUCAAAACCUACAAUUUCUUUCUUGGCCGAUCUGUAAUUCCAGUUCCUUACCUAUGUGACUAAGUGCCAUCCAAACUGGGCUAAUUAGCGAUUCAGAUUAGGGAAAUGAGAGUGAGAAUGAAUGUUGAUCUUUCCAGUGAUACACAUAGCCCAAGAAAGCAUAAAAAUGAGUCUCUGAGCCUAUACUGAGCAUUUAAUAUCGAAGUCCCAAAGCGGAGAACUGUCCUUGCCAAACUUCCCAGCAGCUCAGUUCUCAGUGGCUCUUGGGGCCAUAACUGACUUGAGAUUUUAACUGCUGAGCUGCUGAUGUUUCUGUUAGAUGAGUAAUGUAGCGUGCAAGUAUCUGAGUUCCACUGCCUACGAUAUCACAAACUGGUGAACAGAACCUUCAAGGCAUCCUAGAAUAAUUUGGGUAUUCUUCAAAGCAUAAACAAUGCAGACUGUAAUUUUUAAAUUUCAAUUCUUGACUUUCUAUUGGUUAUCAUCUUUUAUACUAAGAUAUCAUAUCACCAACAAGUUCAACAUAACGUAUCAAACGUCCUGGGUAAAUGUUUUCACAAUUUCAGCAGAACUUUAAAUUAUGAAAAGUUGGUAGGGAAGAAGAUGAUCAUUGAACUGGGGUCCAAGCCUCUAAAAAUGUGGUCCUAAUAGAGCUAUUGAGUGAGCAACAGAAUCAGGGCCAGAAGAUAUUGCAGGAGGCUAUCUCCUUAACCUCCCAGGAGAGGCAGGAGCUGACCCUUGUGCAGUUAUCCACUCUUGGUAAUUUAGGACAGGUUCAGGUAACUUCCUGACAUAAACAUGUGGGGAACUAAAUGGCAGCUUUUAAAAGAAACCUGCAAUUUAAAAUGCCCAAUCUUGGCAGCAGUUUUGGACCAAUAUCAAAAUUCAUCCCUCAAAAACAGAUUCCAGUUAAAGUCAGAGACUAUUCUACACACUGGUUACAGCCAUGAAUAUUGACUGUCUAUUGUCAAACAAACGCCUUGAAUAAUUCAAUCAGGAAUGUUAGACCAAUGAGCAGAAUUUUGCUGUGGCACCUGGGGCCUCACCUGCAGUGGGAGAAUCAGUAAGAGACCCCUAGUGCUUCUUUUCACAAAGGUCUGCUGAACCACGGGUCAGCCAGACAAUGUUGAUUCCAUUCUCCUGCAAUCAACACCCCAGAGGCUAAACUCCUUCCUAGCAAGAGCUGUCAGUCAAUCAGAGGCCAGCAGCUCUUGUGCUCAACAACACCAUAGGGAAGGUCUGUGCUUGUUGGAGGAAUAGCAUUCUUCCAGAGUCCCAGCACGUUAGGAGGACCUAGAUCCACUGACAAAUAAUGUGGGGGUGAGGGUUGAAGGCCCCUGGAAACAAAGGCAGCAGACUGGCCCUCACAUACACACCCCACCCCCAUAUGCUCGCCCUCUGCCUUCAUCACCAACAUUACUCCAAUCCUUCAUCAGAUGCUUCAACCAUAGUAGGGGUCAUUGUUACUGUGGCCAUGGUGCAAGGAAGUGCAGAGAGAUUGACCUGGAACAGAUGCAUCUGGAAAUCUGGGACCAGUAUCAACCUCUAGCAGUGGU